CAACACUGAUUAACAUCUGUCAAAAUUACUUCGCAAAACGGUGACUUGUUAAAAGAGCUUUGUGUUUAUAAACGGUUGUUUUCUGCGGACUAUCAGUGAAUACAAACAGCUCAAAAUGAAUAUUACUUCGGCAGCGGGGAUUAUCUCCCUACUCGAGGAACCCAGACCAGAAUUAAAGAUCUUCGCCCUGAAAAAGCUCGACAACAUUGUUGAUGAAUUCUGGCCGGAAAUUUCGGAAGCUAUCGAGAAAAUUGAAAUCUUACAUGAAGACAAAGUAUUUCAACAACAUCAAUUGGCUGCUUUGGUGGCCAGUAAAGUUUACUACCAUUUAGGGUCUUUUGAGGACUCCCUCACUUAUGCUCUUGGUGCUGGAGAAUUGUUUGAUGUCAAUGCACGUACUGAAUAUGUUGAAACUACUUUGGCUAAGUGUAUUGACUACUACACCCAACAAAGAAUCGCCCUGGCUGACAAUAGCCCAGACGCAAAACCAAUUGACUCCAGAUUGGAGGCCAUUGUCAAUAGAAUGUUCCAGAGAUGUUUGGACGAUGGUCAAUAUCGCCAGGCCAUGGGGUUGGCUUUAGAAACCAGGAGAAUGGACAUCUUUGAAGCAUCCAUUGUCCAAUCUGAUGACAAUAUUGCCAUGCUGAGUUAUGCCUUUCAAGUGGCGAUGAGCCUGAUCCAAAACAGAGGCUUCAGAAACUCAGUAUUAAGAUCUCUGGUUGGAUUGUACAGAGGUUUAGCCACUCCAGAUUACGUUAACAUGUGCCAGUGUCUCAUUUUCUUGGAAGACCCGUUGUCGGUAGCCGAAAUUUUGGAUAAAUUAGUGCAGGGACAAGAAGAAAGUGAACUUAUGGCCUACCAAAUUGCUUUUGACUUGUAUGAAUCAGCCACCCAACAAUAUUUGGAGCAAGUUUUAGUAGCUCUCAGAGGAACAGCACCCAUUCCUUCCCUAUUGGAGGAAAAACUUAAGCCCAAAAUCGCACCACCAACUGAAACUCCCGCAGCCGCAACUGAAGGAGAAGCACCACCAACUGAAAUUAAAACAGAAGUUAAAGAAGAAAAAACGUUGGAGUCUUUAGGUGAGAAAGAGAAGGAGCACCAAGCCAGAAUCGAAAAACUCCACACAAUUUUGUCUGGGGAAGUGUCAAUUGAGCUGCACCUCCAAUUCCUGAUCAGAUCCAACCACGCCGACCUCCUCAUUUUGAAACAAACUAAAGAAACAGUCAGAGUGAGCAUAUGCCACACAGCCACCGUUAUUGCCAACGCCUUCAUGCACAGCGGCACCACCAGCGACCAGUUCCUGAGGGACAACCUCGAGUGGUUGGCGAGGGCGACCAACUGGGCCAAGUUAACGGCCACAGCUUCACUCGGCGUCAUCCACAGGGGACACGAGCACGAAGCGUUGACUUUAAUGCAGAGCUAUUUGCCCAAGGAGGUCGGACCUAGCUCCGGCUACUCGGAGGGCGGCGGCUUGUACGCCUUGGGCUUGAUCCACGCCAAUCACGGUGCCAAUAUCAUCGACUAUCUGCUCACCCAGCUCAAAGACGCCCAGAAUGAGAUGGUGAGACACGGUGGAUGUCUGGGCUUGGGCUUGGCCGCCAUGGGAACUCACAGACAAGAUGUAUACGACCAGCUCAAAUUCAACUUGUAUCAAGACGAUGCCAAUACUGGCGAGGCUGCCGGUAUCGCAAUGGGUAUGGUCAUGCUGGGCUCGAAGAACGACACGAGUAUCGAGGAUAUGGUUUCGUACGCACAGGAGAGUCAGCACGAGAAGAUCCUCCGAGGUUUGGCCGUGGGCAUCGCGUUCACGAUGUACGGCAGACUCGAGGAGGCCGAUCCUCUUAUCCAACAGCUGACCUCCGAUAAGGAUCCGAUCCUGCGUCGUUCCGGCAUGUACACGUUGGCGAUGGCGUACUGCGGAACGGGACACAAUCAGGCGAUAAGGAAGCUUCUUCACGUAGCGGUCUCCGAUGUCAAUGAUGAUGUUCGUCGUGCUGCCGUCACCGCUUUAGGAUUCUUGUUGUUCAGGACCCCCGAGCAAUGCCCGAGCGUUGUUUCCCUCUUGGCAGAGAGCUACAACCCCCACGUGCGUUACGGCGCAGCCAUGGCGCUUGGCAUCGCCUGCGCCGGCACCGGCUUGAGGGAGGCCAUCGCCCUCCUGGAGCCGAUGGUCAUGUUCGACCCGGUCAACUUCGUCCGCCAAGGCGCCUUAAUCGCCUCCGCCAUGAUCCUCAUCCAACAAACCGAAGCCACGUGCCCGAAAGUGAGCUUCUUCAGACAAACCUACGCCCAAGUGAUCUCCAACAAGCACGAGGAUGUGAUGGCCAAGUUCGGAGCCAUCCUCGCCCAGGGUAUUAUUGAUGCCGGUGGUAGGAACGUGACGUUGUCCUUGCAGUCCAGAACUGGGCACACCAACAUGCUGGCCGUGGUUGGUACUUUGGUGUUCACUCAGUACUGGUACUGGUUCCCCCUGUCUCACUGUCUGGCUUUGGCGUUCACCCCCACUUGUCUUAUCGGGCUGAACACGCAGCUGAAGAUGCCCAAGUUCGACUUCAAGUCCAACGCCAAGCCCAGCUUGUACGCCUACCCCGCACCUUUGGAAGAAAAGAAGCGUGAAGAGAGGGAGAAGGUCACCACCGCCGUACUAAGUAUUGCCGCCAGACAACGAAGGCGGGAGCACGAAAGGAAGCACCGUGACGAGAAAAUGGACGUAGACGAUGAGAAAACCGAUGAAAAGAAGAAGGAUGAAAAGAAGGAGGAGAAGAAGGCUGAAGACAAAAAAGCUGAAGAAAAGAAGACCGACAAAUCAGACGAUAAGAAACCUGGAACCUCCACCGAAGACAAAAAGGAUAAGAAGGAGGAUGAGAAGAAGAAGGAACCCGAACCCACCUUUGAAAUUCUGAGCAACCCAGCCAGAGUGCUCAGGCAGCAGUUGAAGGUUGUGUCCUUGAACGACAACAGUCAAUAUGUGCCCAUGAAGGAUACGUCCAUUGGUGGUAUUAUUAUGGUAAGGAAUUUGAAGCCUGGCGAAGAGGAACUUGUUGAACCAGUGGCUGCCUUUGGACCAAAGGGGGAGGAAGAGAAGGAACCUGAGCCACCAGAGCCAUUCGAAUGGACUGAAGAUUAAAUUUAUUGAAGGAGAAGUUGAGCUUAUUUACAAUUUUAGGUUUUUUCUUUAAUUUGAUUUUUUUAUCAUCUACUUAAUUGUAACUUAUACGAUAUUCCAAGAUAACACUAAACAUGUACCGUAGAUUAUAUUGAUGUUUAAUAAAGUAUACAACCCUA